CAUUAUAAUUCAGUUUAUUCUAGUGCUAUCAUUGAUACUUCUGCUGACCAUGUCUAUAAAAUUUCGCAAUGAAAAUCGUGUAUGGAGGAAUUUGAUCGAUCGUAUGAAAAAACCCAUCUUUUUUUUGAGAAAAUGCGCCGAUAAUGACCUAAGUAAUCCAGUAAUUGAUGAAAACUGCAAUCAAUAUCAUAUAUGGAAAGAACUAUGCAUUAUUGAGUAUGAAUUAUAUGAGUGGCUUGAAGAUAUUUAUCAUACAAUACCAUCAAUAUCAAUACUUAAAAUAGGAAAAAUUAUUUGUGAGCGUGAAAAUAAUGACGAAAACGAUUGGAAAAAAGUACUUAGCUUCUAUAAAAGUUGGAUUAAGUACACUAACUUUCAUACUUUAAAUAAUGUCAGCAUAUCUGAUGAAAUUUCAUUUACUAAUACAGAGAUAUUAUCAUCUGCAACUUGGAGUGGUAAGUUGAUAUAUUCAACAAAUACAGCAGGAAUCUUUUUGAAACCUCAAAAUUUCAGUGCUGAUCUAAUAGAAUUUAACAACGAAGACACCGAUUUUGUAAAAGAUCUUACAUUUUGGAAUGUUAAUGCUGACCUCAAAUUAAUUAUUGGUAUCACUACUGAUAACAGUCAACUAAUUUUCUGGAAUUUGGAAAGUGGACAAAUCGUGGGUGCUGAUGCUUUUGAUAAUAGUCAUCAUAUCUUCUCUAUGAACAAAAGUUCCAUAUUUAUAAUUACUGACCAUCUGGAAAUAACAGCAGUAAAAUUUAUCGUUGACUUAGAAGGUGUUUUUGAUGAAGUAAUCGUGCAAGAUACAAUCAUAGUAAAUUUCCCGAGAAAAUUUGAUUCCUCCGGAAUUAAAAUACUUGAAGUUUCUGCAUAUGCAGGAAUUGUGUCGAUAGUACGAAGAAGAAAUGAAAUAUUCGAAGUAGUUCAAUUAAAAAUCCCAUUAAAUGAUCCAGAAGAUGAUGAAAUUUUUUAUUUUAAUUUUUUUAAUAUAAAACGGUAUUUUUUCCCAGCUGUUGAUGAAAGUACACCAAUUAAAUGCCAUGUUGCAUUAAGUAAAUUUUUAUUGCUCAUUAGUAUUUUAACAACUUUUUUAACAUUUGGGGCAUUCCAUAGUGACUGGUGGGACAUUUGA